AACUUACAGAGUACGGUAUAUGCAUUGGGCGUAGAUCUUCGGCGAGCAUAGAUUCGUCCUUAUUGUCGAUAAUUUACUGACAAAGGGUGCUGCUUAUUCAUCGAUUUGCUAUGAUUUACCGGCAAGAGUAGAUGCAGUUAUUCCGAUAGACUUGCCGUAAUUGCUUCUCAAUUGACUACAAGAUCUCAUAACUGCAAGAGUGACAAAGAAGAGUCGAUCCAUGUUCAAGAUGUUGUUGGAUUUCUUGUCAGGAUUCCACCUAAACCACCUAAACGUAAAAAAAUUUGCUCUCAAUUUAUAUUGUAUAUUAUGGAGUAAUAUAAUGAAACAAAGAAAUGGAAUGGUUGAUGGGUGUGAGAGAGCAAUACUCCCCCUAAUAAUCUUAUUUUGAACUUUUUAAGCAAAGUCCAAUGGCAAUGGGGUGGUUGAUGGGUCUCACUUGCAACGGGUUUCACCGGGUUGGACCAACGCUUUAAAGCCCAAUUCCAGUUACCACACUAUCAGUGCCACGCGCCUACGCUUACUUUUUACGGAGGGCGGAUAAAAGCCAGUAAAAUACCGGCAGAAGAAGAAGAAGAAGAAGAAGAAGAAGAAAGAGAGCAGCGGUGGAAAGCAUCCGGAAGAAGAAAAGAUGAAUCUGAGCGUGAACACCGUGGAAUCGGUGUUGGCUCAAAUCCAAAACUUAUCAAACGGUUUCCCAGACAUCUCUCAGCUUCACGCCUUUCUGAAACAGUCCGAUGAGCUUCUCCACUCCGAGUCGACUCGCUUGCUUCCCCUGCUCGCCCAACUCAACCCUUCUCUCCACUCUUUGGGUUAUCUCUAUCUCCUGGAUGCAUCCAUGUCUGCCCCCAUUCCAACGGAGCAAGCCCGUGGACUAGUUGUGUGUGUCGCCACAUUUAUUUGUGAAUGCGCUGCAGAUCAAAUCCAUUUGGCACCUGAGAAAUUCAUAUCUGUCUGUAAAAGAUUCAAGGAGCAAGUUCUGAUACUAAGAGCUCCUCUACAAGGUGUGGGUCCCAUGCUGACAGCCAUUCAGAAACUACGGCUCUCUUCUGAGCAACUAACACCCUUGCAUCCCGAAUUUCUUCUUCUGUGCUUACUGGCGAAGUGCUAUCAGACUGGUUUUUCCAUUUUGGAGGAUGACAUCUUUGAGGUCGAUCAGCCGAAGGACUUUUUCCUAUAUUGCUACUAUGGGGGUAUGAUUUGCAUUGGACAGAAGGAAUUUCGUAAAGCCUUGGAGCUUUUUCAUAAUGUAGUAACAGCACCAAUGUCCACUUUAAAUGCAAUAGCAGUUGAGGCAUACAAGAAGUACAUACUAGUUUCACUAGUUCAGAAUGGACAGUUCUCUACCAGUUUCCCAAAGUAUACAUCUUCUGUAGCUCAAAGGAAUCUAAAGAACCACUCUCAGCCCUACCUGGAGUUGGCAAACAGUUAUAGCCUUGGAAAAAUCUCUGAGCUUGAGAUAUGUGUACAGACAAACAAAGACAAGUAUGAAAAUGAUAAUAAUCUCGGAUUGGUGCAGCAAGUGGUGGCAUCUAUUCAUAAACGCAAUAUUCAGAGAUUGACUCAAACAUAUCUCACCCUUUCACUUCAAGAUAUUGCUAAUGCCGUCCAGCUAAGGAACCCCAAGGAGGCAGAAAUGCAUGUCCUACAAAUGAUUGAAGACGGUGAAAUUUAUGCUACUAUAAAUCAGAAAGAUGGAAUGGUUAGAUUUCUCGAGGAUCCUGAGCAAUAUAAGACCUGUGAAAUGAUUGAGCACAUUGAUUCAUCAAUACAGAGGAUGAUGACGCUGUCAAAAAAGCUAAUGUCUAUGGAUGAACGUAUGUCAUGCGACCUUUCCUACCUUGCCAAGGUUGGUAGAGAUAGACAGAGAUUUGAUUUUGAUGAUAUGGACGGGGUUCCUCACAAGUUCAACAUAUGAAAAAACCAAAGCCAGGGUCAGUUGGUUAAGCUAAAAGCAGGAAUAGUCACUGCAAGUCUGUUUGUCUUAUCACCUACCUACUUGGCAUAUAAUCGCAUUGAACAUACAUCUCUUGAGACUAAAAUGUCAAAAGUGUCUUCCUCUUUCAUUUUGUUCUUUGCUUCGGAUUCAUGUGCAAGUCACAGAUCACAUCUUAGAAUACAUGUAGUACUUCCCUAUAACCUUAGUUUGCUCCCUGCUAUCUAUCAAAAUGGAGAAAAAAGGUACCAUUGUUUCUCAACAAACUAUCUAUCAAUUUUUUUUGAGUUAACGUAGUAGUAUUACACCAGAUUUUAUUAGAAGAAGCGAGUUCUAUUGUUUCAUUAAGCGUGAAAUGUUGGAUCUGUGGAAUGCGACUUGUCUUAUCUACUUAAAACUGCUGAUGAAUUUGGCUCUCCUUUCUGGUGGUUA